GUGCUCGAGCUGGAGCUGUACCAGGAGAACUGCUUGGUUAUUGGGAAAUGCAUACCAAAUACGGGCGUCUACCUUGGAAAGCGCUAUUUCAGCCUACCAUAAAAUUGUGCAAAGAAGGUCAUUGGGUCUCUCAAUACCUCGCUGCGGCCAUCAAAUCAAAAGAAGAUAUAAUUCGUAACGAACCGUCGUUGGCAGAAGUCUUUCUCAAAGGAGAUGGCACACCUUACAUUGAAGGAGACUACAUGAAGCGGUCUCAAUUGGGUAUUACUCUGGAGAAAAUUGCCGAAAAUGGUGUGGAAGAGUUUUACGGUGGCGGAGAAAUAGGCAAAAUGUUUGUAGAAGAUAUUAGAAACAUGGGUGGAAUUAUUACGGAAGAAGAUUUGAGAAAUUUCAAAGUUCGUUGGGAGGAUUCUGACCACAUUAUAGCGAAUGUUACUGAUGGAUAUACCCUCUACACAACUCCUUUGCCAUCUAGUGGUGCCGUCCUUGCAUUUAUGUUUAACGUGUUGACGGAUCUCCACACCGAAAACAGGGAAAUAUACUGGCAACGGGCAAUUGAAACAUUCAAACACGCCUAUGGUCAACGAACCAACCUAGGUGAUAUGGAAAAUGAGCCUGAUCUUAAACAGACUAUUGAGGAGACUUUCAAAAACAUGACUAGCCAAGAAUUAGCUGAUCAUAUACGUACAUUAAUUUACGAUAAUAAAACCUUUGAUGAUUAUGAAUACUAUGGAGCUAACUUCACAUCUGUGGAAGAUCAUGGCACCGCAAACAUGGCAGUGUUAGCAGCGAAUGGAGACGCUGUGACUGUUACCAGUACCAUCAACAAUUA